AUGGAGGCCUCGGUCCCAUCCGCUGAGGCCCAGAAGAAAUCGAGUUUCAAAAGCUCGCCAGGUGAUUCUACUGUGCAAUCAGGGUGGAGACCCACGGGACGAACUAGCUCCCGCCGCCCCGACGUGAGCCAAAGGUUCCAGGACUCUGGGCUGGAGCGAGGCCGUCAAACACCGGGGCGCUCCUCGAGCAGCCUCUCGGGCCUCAGUUUCUUUAUCUGCACAAUGGGUGACGGCCAGGACUGCCAAGGCCCCUCCAGCUGGAAGAGUUCUCUUCUGGGACGCGGAUCUGCGCCUCCGAGAUCCUCUAAGCCCGCUCCCCUCGGCCCCCAUCCCCCGUCCCCGCUGGCUUUUCCGGUUUCCUCGCCCCUCGGAGCUCGCCCGGGGGUCCCAGAGGACGCUGCGCGCUUCGCCGCCACCCCGGCGCGCGCGCUGCCCGGCUGGGGCCCCGGCUGCGGGCGCACAAAGCCCCCGGCGCUGACGUCAGGGCCCCCUCUCGGCGCGGCCGGCCCCCAGUGCAGGCGGAGCCGCGCCGCGCUCCCACCCCGGCCGGGAGUGAUCACCAGCCGCCAGCCCCGCAGCCCAACGCCGCCCGUCCGCCCGCGCACGUGCCCGCCGGACCUGCAAACUUGUGCCGCCGGCUGUGUCCGUCCCCCGGGAGCCCGAGCGCCCGCAGCCCGCACCUCCCGCCCAUCUCCAGCCAUGGGUAAGACGACGCGCUGGCCCCUCGCCCCGGCCACAGCCUCGCGCCCCCGCUCCCGCUCAGGUGGGGCCUCCUGGGGGCACCUCCCUGACCCGGGCCGGUUUGGGGGAGGCUGGAGGUGGGAGGGGCGCGGCGCAGGUGUCCCGAACGCCCAGGUGCGCGUCCCCGCCCCAUCCCGGGGGCGUCCCCACUCCGGCUGCGCCCCCCACCCCGGGCGUGCGACUCGCCGGAGGGGACGGGCGGGACCCCCCCGGAGGGGAGCACGAGGGGGCGGACGGAGCGUCCCGGUCUGCGGGCUCCUGCUGUAA